UGGAAGCGCUUUCACCGGGUGUCCAAUGAGAGAGCGGCGGGGAGGAGGCGGCAGCCAAUGUCGGCCAGCCGGAUCCAAACAAUCGGCAACACCAUAGAAUGAUUCUCUCCUCAACUCCCAUUGUCUGAGACGCACGGCGGCCUCACACAGCGCUCCUCUGCAUAACAAGAUGGUGAAGGAUCCCAAGAGGCCGAGAGGCAAAAUGUCCUCUUAUGCCUACUUCGUGCAAACAUGCAGAGAAGAGCACAAGAAGAAGCACCCCGACACCAGCGUCAACUUCUCAGAGUUCUCCAAGAAAUGCUCCGAGCGAUGGAAGACAAUGUCCCCAAAAGAGAAGGGGAAGUUCGAAGACAUGGCCAAGCAGGACAAAGUGCGAUACGAGAGGGAAAUGAAGGACUAUGAACCGCCCAAGGGCCAGAAAAAGAAGCGGUUUAAGGACCCUAAUGCCCCGAAAAGACCCCCGUCUGCUUUCUUCUUGUUCUGCUCAGAUUUCCGCCCUAAAGUCAAAGGUGAGAACCCGGGCCUCUCUAUCGGUGACACGGCAAAGAAGUUGGGAGAAAUGUGGAACAGCUCGACUGCAGAGGAGAAGCAGCCGUAUGAGAAGAAGGCUGCCAAGCUGAAGGAGAAAUAUGAUAAGGAUAUUGUCUCCUACCGCACCAAGGGCAAAGUGGACUCAGAAUCUGCUGCCGCUGCGGAUGAUGACGAAGAUGGUGAGGAGGAUGAAGAAGAGGAAGAAGAAGAGGAGGAGGAGGACGAUGAGUAGAAAGGACCUCAAGUUUUGUUUAUGCCAUAUAUCCUGAAUAUAUUCAAUUCACCGUGUUGAAACUGAAGUUAAACUAAACAAGUGUAUAUUUAAUGUUUUUAUGAUGUACAGUGUUAUUCUUUUACACAACAUAAGUUUAAGGAUUUCUAGUGGUAGUUCUUUAUCCCAGCCAUGUUGUGUGACAAUGUAGAGGGAAGCAUAUGAAACGUAAUAGUCUUAAAUGUCACAACUCAAAAUUCCAUUCCUGAGUUGUUCGUGUCCGUUUAUUUGGGGUAAAUUAUUUUUUUACGUGACGUCUUUUUAUUGUUCUUUGAAUACCACUCUAAUAUCAAAUGCAGCUGUUGACAUUCAAGAAUGUCCUUAAUAAAAGGUUUUUGUUUUAUUA